GGAAGGGGGAGAAAGAUGCAGGAUCAUCAGCACGUGCCCAUCGACAUCCAGACCAGCAAGCUGCUCGACUGGCUGGUGGACCGGAGGCACUGUAACCUGAAAUGGCAGAGCCUGGUGCUCACGAUCCGGGAGAAGAUCAACGCCGCCAUCCAGGACAUGCCGGAGAACGAGGAGAUCGCCCAGCUGCUCUCAGGGUCCUACAUUCACUACUUCCACUGCCUCCGCAUCGUGGAGCUUCUCAAAGGCACCGAAGCCUCCACCAAGAAUAUUUUUGGCCGGUACUCAUCACAGCGGAUGAAGGAUUGGCAGGAGAUUGUAGCCCUGUAUGAGAAAGACAACACCUACUUAGUGGAACUCUGUAGCCUCCUGGUUCGGAACGUCAGCUAUGAGAUCCCCUCACUGAAGAAGCAGAUUGCCAAGUGCCAGCAGCUGCAGCAGGAGUACAGCCGCAAGGAGGAGGAGGGCCAGGCCGGGGCCGCCGAGCUGCGGGAGCAGUUCCAUCACUCGUGCAAGCAGUACGGCAUCACGGGAGACAAUGUGCGGAGGGAACUGCUGGCUCUGGUGAAUGACCUGCCGGGGCAGCUGGCUGAGAUCGGGACAGCGGCUCAGUCACUGGGUGAGGCCAUAGACCUGUACCAGGCCUGCGUGGGCUUCGUGUGUGAAAGCCCCACAGAGCAGGUGCUGCCGAUGCUGCGCUAUGUACAGGAGCGGGGCAACUCCACAGUAUACGAGUGGAGGACGGGCAUGGAGCCCUCUGUAGUGGAGCGGCCGCGCCGGGAGGAGCCUGCCGAGCCAGUGGAAGAGGAUACGAUCGACUGGGGUGACUUCGGGAUGGAGCCAGCUUUGCAGGCCACUGACGCUGGCAUCUCUACCGAGGCCGCUGGCAUCGACUGGGGCAUCUCGCUGGAAUCAGACCCAAAGGCCUCUGGGGGUGAUGGCAUCGACUGGGGAGAUGACUUGGCCACGCUGCAGAUCACAGUGGUGGAAGCAGGAACUGAGGCUCCAGAAGGUGUCGCUCGGGGCCCAGACGCCCUUACACUCCUUGAAUAUCCAGAGACCCGAAAUCAGUUCAUUGAUGAGCUCAUGGAGCUCGAGAUCUUCCUGACCCAGAGAGCGGUGGAGAUGAACGAGGAGGCAGACAUCCUGGCCAUGAGCCAGUUCCAGCUGGCUCCCGCCAUCCUGCAGGGUCAGACCAAAGAGCAGAUGGUUACCAUGGUGGCGACACUGCAGGAUCUGAUAGGCCGGCUCACCAACCUGCGAAUGCAGCACCUGUUUAUGAUCCUGGCCUCACCCAGGUACGUGGACCGAGUGACCGAGUUCCUCCAGCAGAAACUGAAGCAGUCCCAGCUACUGGCGCUGAAGAAGGAGCUGAUGGUGCAGCGGCAGCAGGAGGCGCUUCAGGAGCAGGCGGCUCUGGAGCCCAAGCUGGACCUGCUGCUGGAGAAGACCAAGGAGCUCCAGAAGCUGAUUGAGGCCGACAUCUCCAAGAGGUACGGCGGGCGCCCCGUGAACCUGAUGGGAACCUCGCUGUGACUCCCCUCCCUCUGCGUCCUUUCCUGUCUGACUUCCCAGCCACUUAGUGGCCUUGGGACAGCCAGGGAUAAUGUCACAGGGUCCUUCCGAUCAGGCCCAUCAGAGGACGGAAGUGCCCCCAGACAGAGGCUCCCUGCAGGGAGGUGUCCCGGUUGGUCCCGUGCCCAGACCUUGGACCACAGUUCCUCCUGCUGUAGCUAGUUGGACUUAAUAAAAGAAGACAGACACUUGC